AGGUCAGCCGUUUGCUGGCGGCCUUCCCCUCCCGCCUUCGUUAAGACCCUUGGAAGGCCUUGGUUACCCAGAAUCCUACACGGUUCAAAACGAAGCGCUCAGUCGCGGCUUCACCCAAUCACAAGCGACCGAUAGUCCCGGCCCGCCAAUCACAGCAGGUUUUCCGGCUCUUCUCGCUCUCUACACUGGCCUCGUGCUGAGUCCUACAUCACCUGCGAUGGCGGGAGCUGCGGAAGAGGGGGUCUUGCUACAUUGUCAAGACUGGCAUCAAUCUGAGCUCAAACAACCCUUCUGCCUCCACCUCCCAAAGUGCUGGGAUUACAGGCAUGAGUCACCUUGCCACCUAUGAAUAUCUUUCUUGAGAAUGAAAAAAAAAAAAAAUUUUCUACGAGUUAGUAGAUGCCACCAAAAAAGAGCCAAAGAACAUCAUAGCUACACCUUCAAAAGCGUGAGUCAAGACCAGCAGAGAAAAAAGAAUUUUUAAAAACCUCGUUGAGAGUGAAUGUGCGGCUGGACGGGAGGAGGAAGAAGCAAGCGUGGGCGGUGCUAAAGGAGGAACCGAAACCUCCAUCCUCUUCCCUCGGAGGUUAAGAACUACAGGGAGAGGCGAGGGAGACUACGACCGCCCUACGGCUAGAGCGGCCACGAAGAAAACACUUCCGGGGUGGGGCUAUCUGGUUCUUUCCCUUCCGCGUGGGGAAUGUGGACCGCCUGUAAAGUUAAGGUUCACGAUUCCUUGGCCAUCACUUCCAUCAUUCUAAGACGGUGCCUGAGAUUGGGGGCAACCAUGGCAAAAAGCAAGUUCGAGUACGUGAGGGACUUCGAGGCUGAUGACACCUGCUUAGCCCACUGCUGGGUGGUAGUGCGGCUGGACGGCAGGAAUUUCCAUCGGUUUGCCGAGAAGCACAACUUUGCAAAACCUAAUGACAGCCGUGCUCUCCACCUGAUGACCAAAUGUGCCCAGACCGUGAUGGAAGAACUAGAGGAUAUUGUGAUUGCAUAUGGACAGAGUGAUGAGUACAGCUUUGUGUUCAAGCGGAAAACCAAUUGGUUUAAAAGAAGAGCCAGUAAGUUCAUGACUCACGUGGCCUCCCAGUUCGCCUCCAGCUAUGUGUUUUAUUGGCGGAAUUACUUUGAGGACCAGCCCCUCCUGUAUCCCCCAGGCUUUGAUGGAAGAGUUGUGGUGUAUCCUAGCAACCAGACCUUAAAGGACUACCUCAGCUGGCGACAAGCAGAUUGUCACAUCAAUAAUCUUUAUAAUACAGUUUUCUGGGCACUUAUACAACAAUCUGGACUAACACCAGUGGAAGCCCAAGGGAGAUUACAGGGAACUCUCGCAGCAGACAAGAAUGAGAUUUUGUUUUCUGAAUUCAAUAUCAACUAUAAUAACGAGCCGCUGAUAUAUAGGAAAGGGACGGUGCUGAUAUGGCAGAAGGUGGAUGAAGUCAUGACAAAAGAAAUUAAACUGCCAACAGAAAUGGAAGGAAAAAAGAUGGCAGUGACCCGAACCAGGACUAAACCAGUGCCCUUGCACUGCGAUAUCAUUGGGGAUGCUUUCUGGAAGGAACAUCCAGAGAUUCUAGAUGAAGACAGCUGACCCUUUGCUCUUCAGUUCUGGUGUACUUAACCAUGCAAGCCCUUUCACCUCCCAGGGCUCCCUGCCUUAGGUGGCCAUAGCGUCCUCACCACCCAGAACACUGGCACGAAUGACACGACUCAAGUUGGGAGGGGAACAGGCAAGGAAGGAUGGAUGGGGGUGGUGGAUCUUAUUCUGUUUAAGCAGAACACCUUGUUUGCAAUGUGGGAACAUGGUUCCUUUGGCAGAAGUGCUUUUUUUUUAAAUCGCAGUACUAUUUUUAUAAAGCAAGAACUAUU